ACCGGGUCCCUGUCUCCCCCCCGCCCCCCCCCGGCCUCGCUGCUCCUGGGCCGCGCGACUAGUCGGUGGGGGGUGGAGGGGGGCGGGGCCAUGUCGGUGCGGUUCACGGUGACGCCGACCCGCGCCGAGGACGUGCCGGGUCUGGGCGGCGGCGGCGGCGGCGGCGGGGAGCCCGGGGCUGGAGACGGAGCCCCGGCCGAGCCCGGGGACCGGGACAAGGAGGGCGAGGCAUCGGCGGCGGCGGCGGCGGCGUCGACACCGACACCGGUCCCGGUCCCGGUACCGGCAGCUGGAGAGUCGGAGCCGGUGGAGGAGAGAAAUCAGUCUUCGAUCACAGGUGAACACAUCAGACUACUAGGAGAUGGACAGGACAAGGAACACAGCAUCUUCUUCAGCGGUGACUACGAUGGCGAUGACUUCUGUGACCGGAACCUCGCGCUGUUCGAGGAAGAACUGGACACUCGGCCGAAGGUCUCUUCACUCCUCAAUCGAAUGGCCAACUACACAAACCUCCCUCAGGGAGCGAAGGAGCAUGAGGAGGAGGAGAGUAUCACCGAGACCAGGAAGGGGAACAGCAAGGGGGUUUUUUUGGGUGAGACCACAUCUGGAGGACCCGUGUGCAGUUCUGGGUCUCCACGAUGA